CACACACACACACACAUCCUCUUCUCGAGACUCUCUUCCAAAGCCUCUCUCACUGCCUUUGUCCGUUUUACAAAUUCCUAGGGUUUUGAUUCGUUUCUUUGAAUAUUCAUCGAUUCUCCAGCCGGGUCUGGCAGAUUUUGCCUCCAUCCACCAAAAACGUCUCUGUUUUCCAAUCUCGAAAUGCUCCAAUUCAAGACCAUAAAGAAGAAAAUGUGGAUGUUCUCUCACUGAUCUCGCUUCCUAACACUCUUGUCUUCUUACGUAAUGGAAGGUAUGUCCCUGACCAUAACCGCACGCACCGUACUCAGCACCAAAGAUCGUCAACGCAAGCUCCGUUUCCGCACACUCUCUUUCUGGUUCGCACCCACGACUCGACCUCCCGGUUUGAGCUUUUUCGGGUCAGGUUAAUCCCAAACUAUGGCUUCGAGCUCCUGGAACUCACGCUCUUCACAUGGGUCCGAUUUUUUUCAAGUGUUCGACCCGUUUUCGCAGAAUAAAGGAGGGUACGGUGGGGUUUUGCGGGGUGGGUCUUUAGUGUUGGAUUCUGAGAAAAGAGAGCUCGUGAAAGCUCCGGUGAGAGCGGUGAAAAAGGGGGUGUCGGAGGCGAAGGCUAUGGCGGCCUUGAAGAAUCAUAGCGAGGCGGAGAGGAGAAGAAGAGAGAGAAUCAAUGGUCAUCUCUCCACGCUUCGCGGCUUCGUGCCAUGCACUGAAAAGAUGGACAAAGCUACAUUGCUUGCCGAAGUUAUCCAGCAAGUGAAAGAACUGAAGAAGAAUGCUGCAGAAGCCAGUAAAGGUUUACUGCUUCCAAUGGAAGUUGAUGAAGUAAGAGUAGAACCACAUGAUGACGGAACAGGAGAUGGAACUUCUUAUUUCAUGGCAUCUGUCUGUUGCGAUUACAGCUCUCGGCUUCUCUCUGAUAUAAGACAAGCCCUUGAUGCCCUCAAUAUAACUACAGUGAAGUCAGAAAUCUCCAGUUUGGGAGGGCGGAUGAAAAGCAUGUUUAUUUUCACAAGCUGCAAAAAACACAAGAGCAAUGAUUCUGAGGCACACCGGCUUCUUGCAAGUUCUGUCCAUCAGGCCCUCAGUUCUGUCCUAGACAAAGUUUCUGUGACAGCAGAAUUCUCGCCCAGAACACCACAUCCAAACAAGAGGCGAAGGGUUUCCUUUUUUGAUUCUUUGAGCUCGUCUUCCUGAGAGCAUAGAUCUUGGGGUGGUGAAUUCUCUCUCUAUAUAUACAUAUGGUGAUCCUGUAUCUGUAUAUCCCGAAUGACAAUGCAAUAUAUCUACUUUGUAAGUGUAAUAUGUUACAAAACACGGCCUGUGGGCUGAUGAAUGAUGAUAAAAUGCAGGAGUAUCUGCAGCUGCAAACAUGAACAUGAAUGUAUCAUGCGUGGAAAGCAUUCUCCCAUGUGCAUGACAUUUAAAUGUAUCAUAAAUGAAUUUUCAUGGCUCCAUAAUCCAACGUGCUUUCUGCAAUUUUCUUC